UGCCAACCAACACAAUCACAAAAGAAAGAAAUAGAAAAAAGAAACUACAACAAACAAAAAACAAGAAACAUUAUUUGACCACAAAUGACAACAAUAAGAAAUUUUAAUCAAGACAAUAUGAGUGUGAGAAUAAAAGCAAAAAGCCACUCAAUUGUAAAAUAGAAGGACAAAUUUCCCAAACAAAAAAAAAAACUGAAAAAAAAAAUAAAAUUCCAACACAAAUGACCACAAUUACCCAGCAAUUGGCAGCAUGAAUAUGGAAACCCAACAACACCAGCAGCAGCAGCAGUAUUCUAUAGUACCGCCACCACCUUCCUCAACAUGUAUAACCACCACCAUGGCUUCAUCUUUAAACUCUAGCGGAGAGUAUGUCAAUGUGCCCACAUCAUAUGUGAGCAUCGGCAUGAUGCCGCUACAAUCGCAACACCAACCGCCACCUACUUCCAUGGCCAUGGCGACAGCGGCAUCACAAAACAUAUCAUCAGCGGGCUCCUCAACGUCCACCUUUAAAACACCCCUCUUGCCCAUGCCCUCCCUAGAGGACAUAGAAGUGGGCCUGGGCGGUAGCUCGUCGGCAACCAACAUGCCACCAGGUAUUCUAAAAUAUACUACAACAGCCACCACCACAUUAAAUAUGCCGCCACCACCUGCUCUAGGCAUGGGACCGGGGCCACCAAAUAUAAACAUGUCCUCCAUGUCAUCGCCGCCGCAGCCCACACCACCCUCCGUACUAAAUUUGCCUGCUUUGCUAACACAACAACAACACCAGCACAACAACAUGUCUGUGGUUACACCUCCGCCACCCUCCAAUAAUUUAGCCCUGGGCUCCAUUUCAUCUAUGGGGGAUGGCUCCUCCACAUGUGGCACUUUGAAAAGUUCGGCCAAACUACAACAAACACCCGCCAAUCUAAACGCCACUGCUGGUGCCAUAAUAGCCUCCUCUGUGGUCGCAAAUAAUUACAAUAACAUUAACAUCAACAAUACAACAUCUAAUAGCAGCAGUACAGUGCCUUUAAAUCUCCACAACAGCACAACUGCCAAUUCCAGCAAAACCAGCAGCCGUAGUAAUUUACAUAAUCGACCCGCCUCUCCCAAAUGUUGUUCAUGUUUUGGUGGCGGUGGUGGCACAUCCAGCUCGAAUAACAGUCGUGGGCGCAACGCAAACAAAUCAUCAUCAUCGCUAUCAACGAAAUCCCAUGGCUAUGGACAAACAAAGGGACGGCGUCACAGUCGUCAUAAUGCCCAAACAUUUUGGUCCGCUGUGCUAACCAAUCUGGGUAUAUGUGCUCUUUUGCUGGCCUACACUUUAUUAGGUUCUUUUAUAUUUUUAACAAUUGAAAGCGAAGAUUCCGCAUACUUGCAACAACAACGAACAUUGGCCUCCACAAAACGCAACAUACAACCGCACAAACAGCACACGGGGAGCACAGGAAGUGGAAGUGGUAGUAGUAGUGGUAAUGGAGCAGGCUUAGCAGCCCCAACAAAUAACAACAUUUAUCAUAACCAGCAACAGCAGCAACAACACACUCCUCCGCAACUACAGCCACAUUACGAUAAUGCCACACUAAAUGCACCAGCCUCCUCCUCUUCAUCAUCCUCCUCCUCCUCACCCCAAAUGAUAGAGGGCAUGAUAUCAUUGCAAAACAAUGAUUUUAGUUAUGGUGAUGAUUUUACGCCACAAUAUGCCUUGUCACCGGAUACUUAUGAUGUACGUCAAAGGACUAUUGAAAAUAUAUGGGACAUAACCGUAUCCCUAAAUAUUUUAUACAAAGAAAAUUGGACAAAAUUGGCUGCUUUAGAAAUUGCUAAAUUUCAAGACCAAUUAAUUAAGAGACUGAAUGAGGAUGCUGUGCUACAAUUGCCACACGAGGCGGAUGUUAAUGGCCAGACACCAGCAACGGAAGCGGUUUUACUAUUCCAUCAACAUGGUCUGACGCCGCAUCAUCCGCAUCAUCAUCAUCAUGAAUGGAAUUUCGCCAGAGCUUUCCUCUACUCCCUAACCGUAUUAACCACAAUUGGUUAUGGCAACAUAGCACCCCGCACUACACUGGGACGUUUGGUUACCUUGGCCUAUGCCUUCUUCGGCAUACCCCUAACCCUGGUCUACCUCUCCAGCACGGGUGGCAUUUUGGCCAAGGUGGCAAGAGAAGUUUUCUCCAAGGCUUUAUGCUGCUGCCUAUGCAGCAACUGUGGCUACUGUUGCUACGAUGAGAAACGCAUGGCGGAAAAGGAGCGACGUACGAAACGCAAACGUCAGCAGGAGGAGUUGCGCAAACAGCAGCAGGCCAUGCAGGAACCUUACUAUGUAAGAUCCGGCUCCAUGCCCGAUAACUUUCAAACGCCCGAAAAACAGUCACUAGGCAAUAAUAGCAUACAAAUGCCCGACUUGGAUUCGUUAAGUGCCAGUGAGUCUCGGGGCAGCAUGCAUGGUUUAGCCAUAUUGGCUCCCAUUUUAUUAUGUUUCUGCAUGAUGAUUAUUUAUAUAUUAUUCGGGGCUGUGGUGUUGUAUCGCCUGGAAGAAUGGCCCUUGCUGGAUGGCAUAUACUUUUGUUUUAUGAGUUUAUCGACCAUUGGGUUUGGUGAUAUGAUGCCAGGUUUCCGUCGUGAUUCAAAUACCACCAUAUGGUUUUGUUCCAUUUACAUAAUGUCGGGUAUGGCUUUGACGGCCAUGUGCUUCAAUGUCAUACACGAGGAGAUUGUUAAUCGCAUUAAAAUUGUGGUGGAAUUUAAGAAAUCUUCAACAAUGGAUACAACGAAUGAGGAUCCCAACUAUUAUAUACAACCCUGACAAUAUGAAAAGAAACAGAAUUUAUAUCAAAGAAAUCCCACCGAAGAAACUUUGGUAACGGGCACUCCCACAUCUUUAGUGUUUGGCUCUCAUAAUGAUUCAGAUUUGAGUAAUAUACACAAUUUAAAGGAUUAUGUCAAUCAUGAGCUAGUGCCUAUCUUAACUAUGGAUCCAAAUUCAACGGCUUCAACUUCUACAAAUC